GCGUCAGCCAAUUUGAAAACAUAUUUAUCGCAUCAACGGCAUUUUUUGUUUGUCUUUCUUGGAAAUUGUUUAGACUUAGUGGAAACAUUAACGAAAAAGAUAAACAGCAUCAACGAGAAGAGCGUUUAUAAAAUAAGAUCAUAUAUCCCGAUUAUUUCGUGAAUUUAUUGCGGACAUUUCAUCGUUUACAGAAGAAAAUUAUUUGUUUUGUCAAUUUGUUUUCUCUGGAUUAUUUUUUUUAUUGUUGUUUUAAUUUCUGUUGACAGUUUUGUUAUUUGUAAUCGGCAAAAUCAGUUCGUAAGUCAUGAAUUUGAAAGAGUAUGUUGAUCAAGAGGUAGAAAAUAUGAAAAUAAAAUUUGGAUAUUAUGGUGGACCAAAAGCGGCUCCAUUUAGAUGUGAAACUCUGCCAAAUGGUAUUUUUUCAUCAAUAUUUUAAAUAAAUUGGUGAAUGGGUUUCAUUUGUUGAGGAUUUCUUUUAAACAAAAUCAUUAGGUAGGUCCUACACAUUUCUUAUGAUUUAUUUAGUGAACUUGCGUAUGCUUUUGAAUGGAAUAACACCAAAUCUUAACAUGCCAAUACAACAGCACAAUGUGCAACGCUUCAAUAUGAAUCACACAAAUACAGCAUCAGCAUUGUCAUCAGCAUCAGCAUUGAAUGAUGUAAGUGAUUUUGGCAACAAUGGCGUCGAAAUCUAUUCAGACGAACAAACAACGGAUCCAUUUCUAUUGAGUGGUUCGAAUUUGCAAAACGCAAACUUUUGUAUGCCAUGGAAUGGAAUACCGGCAAAUGUUGAUCACAAAAAAUCGACAUCAGAAUCGUCAUCAAAUGAUUCGAUCUCUUGCGGUUACAAAAGCAAUGACCAUAUUGCACCCAAUUCGGUUAAACAAUCGCCACAUUCAUUUGAGUCGAUGGAUUCGAUUUGGCCAGGUAUGGAAAAUCGUCGUUGGACAUGGAACUCAUCGGCAACAGGAUCUUUGCCAAUACGCCAUCACGGUGAACUUAGUGCCAACCAACAACGGUACAUGCAAAAUCAAUUGUCAACCAAUGAUUCAAAUAAUUUCGGUUGGCAACCCAAACAUGGUGCACUCAAUCAGUACGAUCAAAUGGCAUUUCAUGAACGCGCAAGAAACAAUUUGCAUUUAGCAAAUGGUGACGCACCACCGCCGCCGCAGCGCUAUCAAAAUGGCCAUGCUAUCAAAAAGCGAUGCCCAAAAAAGAAAUUGAAGAACUUUUGUGCAUUUUGUAAGAAUAAUGGCGAACGAGAGUACAUUUGGCAAUCACACCGUAAUGUAGAUGAACAAAAUCGGACAAGAUGUCCACGUCUACGUGCAUUGGUUUGCGUUAUUUGCGGUGCAACUGGCGAUAAUGCACACACCCGACGUUACUGUCCGGACCUUGAAAUAUACAAGGUUCAAUAACAUACAACAACGAAUCACUGAUUCAUCAUACUAUGAUCAUCAUAGUAUCGGCUGCGAUAAGUCUAUAAUGACAAUGAAUGUCUUUUUAUCGUCAUCCCAAAUCUAUGACUACUUAAGUAGUGUUUUCUUUUGAUUUUACUUUUAUA